AUGGAGGACUUGUAUGGAGAUUUGGACACGUCCAUAAGCGCACUGGAAAAAAAGGAGGCGCUGAAUCUUAAAACCCAAGUUGAGAUGGAAAACACACGACUACGAGAUGAAUUGGCGCAGUUGCAGGAGACGAAUAGACAGCUAGGAAGUGCUUAUAAACAAUUGGAGACCAAUAUCUCGACACUUUUUGUUACAGCGCAAUUGGAACUGAAGCGCAAGGAGAACGAAAUUCAACGAUUACGUCGUCGAUUAGAAACAUAUGAACAAGUCGUUCCGAAAUGA